AUGGCUUUAAACAAUCGCCCCAAGGGAACAUUGCCAGCAGAUACAAAUAUUAACCCCAAGGAGAAAAACUCAAAUCAGCUAAUGGCAGUAAGUCUUCGCAAUGGGAGAGAUUUAGAUAAAGAGCAGGAGGUUGCACAAGCUAGCAAGGAGACUAUGCCAGCCAAGCCAAUUCCACUAGAGGUAGAUGAACCAACAAAUCUGACUGAAGUGGUAGUUGAACAGGGCCAAGAUGAAAAGGGUAAGGCUAAGGUUAAUGAACAAGCUACAGAACAGGUGAUGCCUCCUGUGCCACAGAACCCCAACAGAGAGAAGCCAGCAAGCAGUGCACAAAGGUUGAAUAUUCCUUUGAUGGAUUCCUUGAUAGAGAUGCCAGGUUAUGCAAAGAUGAUGAAAGACCUAAUGUCACGGAAGUUUUAUUUUCAGGAUCUAUCCACAGUAACGCUGACGCAGACCUGCAGCGCGGUAGUGACCAGACUAAUGGCUCAAAAGAUGUCCGACCCAGGUAGUUUCACUAUUCCGUGCACGAUUGGGAGUUACGCCUUUGCAAAGUCAUUAUGUGAUUUGCGAGCCAGCAUAAAUUUGAUGCCUCUGGCUGUACACACCAAACUGGGCAUUGGCAGAGCUAGACCAACUUCGAUGCUGCUGCAGCUAGGUGACCGCACGGUAAAAAGACCUACAGGGAUUCUUGAUGAUGUAUUGGUGCAAGUAGGGAAAUUCGUGUUCCCUGUAGACUUUGUUAUUCUGGAUUGUCAGCAAUCUAUGAGGAGACCUAGUGAAUAUGCGAAUUGCUCUCUAGUGGAGGCAGUGGAUGUGAUCCUCCAAGAAGAUGAUGUGGCCCUGACUGCUAAAGAUCCAUUGAAGGCAUGUAUGAUAAACUUAGAAGAAAUGGAUGGUGAAAGGGCUACACCUCCAGCAAAAACCAUCGGUACAGGAACCACCCAAGUUGGAGCUGAAUCCACUCCCAGCUCACCUCAGGUAGAACAGCUCUUACAG